AUGAGAAUUUCAUGCUCUUUUUUAACUAAUCUUUUUAGAUUUUUUUUUCUGAAGUCAGUACCUUCGGCCUCCCAUCGAAAAUCGACCUUGAGUUAAGUUCAUUCAAGUCGUAUGAAAUUUUCAGGAUAUGUCGAGAGUCUAUAUUAAAAUUCGAAAGAACAUAUCAUAUUACAUUGUCUGGCAAAUGUCUUACUUUUUAUACGGAAAAAAAGAAAGAUUAGUGAAAUAUCUUGAAAAAAAAUCUCAGAAAAAUAUUUAUCUAUUUAUAGAAGUACUCUUUUGUAAAAAUAAUAACAAAAAAAAAACUUAAUACAGAGAAUGGACUCUAUUAGUCAAUGCAGUUUGAUAUCUACUUACAAACAAAAACAAAAGUAAUGAAAUACAACGAUGCUUCUUCGAGAAGAUCACACAAAAGCAUGAAGUGUAUUUUUCACGUAGAAGAUGAUGAGAGUCAUCAAAGAUUUUUCAAAAACAAGAUACUAAAUAAAAAUCCAUAUCAAUUGUAAAUAUCAGACCUCGAACUCUUUUAUCUUACUUUUGAUUUUUUUGAUGACUACUAUCCAUUUAAAAAUACAAUGAAUUCGAUUGUAAGUUGAAUAACUCGAGAACGCAAGCAGCUAGAGACUUGUGCUUUUCAACAUUCAAAAAAGAAUAAUAAAUUCUGAUUCGAAUUGAUUACUUUUUAAUUCUAUUCAAUUGUUUUGAAUUAGUCGAAAAUAGACUUGGCAUGUUAUAGAAAGAUUUUUUUUGUUUAAAGUAAUCUAAAUAUUUGGUUUAUUUAGAUAAUAAGAAAAGAUGAUGAAGAUUCUGAUGAUGAAAAAAUUCUCGAAGAACAACAAUCAAUUACUACUUCAACACCUGGUAUUGAUAUAAAACAUCGAUAUUUUAUUGGAAAAGAUUAUUCAAAUGCAUAUAAAAAAGAUUUUAAAGAACUUCACGACUACAGAACAGAUUAUAUUACACGAACAUUAGUACCACGUAUGCCAUGGCAUGAUGAAGCAUUAGUUGUAUUUGGUCAAACAGCUCGAGAUGUUGCAAGACAUUUCAUUCAACGAUGGAAUAUUCAUAAAGUUAGCUAA